GCAGAAAUAGCAUAGAUCCAUGAUGCGUUCAUAUUUGAUGCUCACCCAGUUUACACAGAUGCUCUUAAGGCGGGACAUGAUUCUCCGGCAAACAUCCCGCCGGCAUCCUUCCGGGAGAAACAGGCGAACAUGCGCCGCCUGCCCAACACUGGAACAGGGACGCAGCAAAUCCGAGGAACCAGAGGGGAAUCUUCCCUGCUAACUCUGAUAGGCCACCCGGUGACAGGGUCAAUGCCUAUUGUUGUGUCCAACCCACCUGGGUGCAGCCCUAUCACUGGCAGGCCAGAGUUCAGAAUGGGUUUACAGAGGAGAUGUAGGUUCAUCAGCAAGUCAACCGACAAUACUGGAAAAGGAGAUGGAAGCAGCAGCCAGGGCUAUGCAAAGGGGGCUGGACCUAAGGGAGGGAGACAGAAGCAGGGAGAGGAGUGUGGGCCUCAUUGAGAUGGGCCUCAGCCUGUCUCUUGCGAGCCCGACCUACACGCUCGCGGACCCAACCAUCACCCCGGCCACGGUGAAUGACCAGGCCCAUGUUAUCACCACUCAGGCCCAGAAUGUGAUCCCUAUGUCCGAAACAGCGACGGCUCCACAAGCAGAAGAAGGAAGAACGAGGCCCGAGAAGAAGAGGAAACCAGAGCACAUGAGCCCAACGUGCAUCUCACUGCCAACACAAGACCCUAUCUCUAACCUUUCUUUUGACUCUCUUUCUUUUGCCCCAGGAGAAAGCAGAAAGACAUACCAGAGGAGGAGCAUUAUCAGAAGGAAGAGCCUUGCAGAUAUUACAGCAGAUGGGAGCCAAUCCGGAGAGGGGGAAUCAUCCACUCCGAGGGCGCCGGCGGCAGGCCUCAAGCCGCCAAACAAUGAAUGAGAAUUUUAAGCUGGAAUUGUAGGGGAUUCGCCCAAUCCCUUACAAGAAGCUACUGUGGCAGGCUUUGCCGCCAAUUUGGCCCCUUCAAUUCUCUUCCUCAUGGAAACGAAGAAGGAUGAAUCAUUCAUGAAAGAUAAGAGGAGAGUGAUGAGGUUUGACCAUGGAGAAUAUGUUAAUCCAGCAAGUGAAGGUAGUGGUUUAGCUGUUUGGUGGAAAGACGAUGUUGAAGUGUGUGUGAUUGAUAGGUGUUAGUCCUUUAUGGAC